AUGUUGUGCUGUGCACGCAGCACGGAUGGUCGAGAUGUGGUCAUACGUGUCUUAAGCGCCGGGCCAGAGGGCCUUGACCACUUGGAAGUGCUCCAGUACAUGUCGAGGGGUGCAACCAGCCAGGCAACCCCGAACCAUGCCGUCCCUCUCUUCGAGCUGCUGGAGUUAGAAGACAUCACUUUCGGCGUCUUUCCUAGGAUCGGUCGCACCAUGGCACUCGCGUACGGUUUCCGUGCUGAGAACUCGGUUGGCGAUGUCAUCGACAUGGUUCUGCAGUGCCUGGAGGCACUUGCCUUCUUGCAUAGCAUACGCGUUGCCCACCGAGAUGCGUUUCUAGACAACUUCCUCGUCCAGUGGUUCCCAGAAUCUCUCGCUCCUCGCCAACUCACCAUCUCGCGACCUCGUGUCUUCCUGAACGACUUCGAAACCGCCGUGCACUUCAAGGAGGAUGUGCCUCCUCACGCGCGUACUUGUGUCGGUCUGCCGCUGUGCCCUACCUUUGCCACUCAGGAACGGUAUUUCCGCCGUGUUCCUCAAGAAGUCUUGUCAGGGCGUCCAUAUGAUCCAUUCAAGCUUGACGUCUGGCAAUUUGGGACGAGCCUGAGCGACUUCAAGACUUCCAUUCGAGAGAUCGACGAUAUCCUUGUGUCAAUGACCGAGGUCAAUCCUGCCAUACGAGUAAGCGCAUAUGACGCGCUGAAGAGCUUGGCCAAAGUAGUCUCUUCGAUGCCGCCAGACAGCCUCAACAUAGCCCCCAUUGUCAUUGAUGCACCUAUUACGAACGCGUAA